UUAUUUAAUGGCUUUGGAUCGCAGGAUAAUCUUUUUCCCACUUUGGAUGUUUCAUGGAGUUGUUGCGGGUGGAAGGUUUUCCUUACCUGCUCCAUCUGUCCCCCAUAAUCGCCAAUGGGCACCAUGUCAUGCCAUUGUUGCGAUACCACUACUCAUUGCAUUUGAACUGCUUCUCUGUAUAUAUCUUGAGAGUGUAAAUGUUCAUGGCGUUGCUGCUAUAAACUUGAAGACUGUCUUUCUUCCAUUGUUGGCUUUUGAAAUACUUAUUCUAAUUGACAAUAUCAGUAACAAGUGCAAAUGGAGCCUGCGAUGUCUUAGAAUGUGCAGGGCUUUGAUGCCAGGAGAUGAUGAAAGCAUUAGUGAUGAAACAAUUUGGGAAACACUACCCCACUUCUGGGUUGCAAUUUCUAUGGUCUUCUUUGUUGCUGCUACGGUCUUCACCCCUCUGAAGUUAUGUGGUGAUUUUGGUGCUCUUGGCUGGUGGGUCUUGUUCAUAAAUUUUGGUACUGCUGAGAGCUUUGCUUUUCUUGUCUGUACAAAGUGGUCCAAUCCAGUAAUUCAUAGAGAAUCCCCAGUAUUAGAAUCUGGUUCACCUAGCACAACUAUCGGAUAUAUUGACUGGAACAGUGGCUUAGCAGGUAUGCCAGAGGAAGAUCAGCAUCUGGAUACAACGUGUAGCCUGCAAGAAGUUGGGGGUCACAUCAUGAAAAUUCCAAUAAUUGGUUUUCAAGUCCUUCUUUGCAUGCAUUUAGAGGGAACACCUCCUGGUGCUAGACAUAUACCGCUUCCUAUUUUGUUCUCUCCUCUUUUCCUACUGCAAGGUGCUGGUGUGCUGUUUGCUGCGUCAACGUUAAUAGAGAAAAUUGUACUUUUACAACGGUGUGGGGCUGGCACAGGAUUAUACUUAAGAAUUUCAUCAAGAGCCCAUGAUUGCUUGGGAUUCUUGCACCAUGGUUCUAGGUUAUUGGGUUGGUGGUCGAUUGAUGAAGGAAGUCAAGAGGAACAGGCACAGCUUUACCAUGAUGGGGCUUCUGGGUAUGGAGGCUUCAGGCAGCUCUUGGUGAGCAAACAGAAAUCACAAACUUUAGUCAGCAGGAGUUUGAGAGACUUCAAAAUGAGAAAGUGUUAUGUAGGGUUUGCUUUGAGAGAGAGAUUAGUAUGGUUUUGCUUCCCUGUAGGCAUCGUGUUCUUUGCAGUACCUGCUGCGAGAAGUGUAGAAAAUGCCCAAUUUGUUGUGUCUCCAUUGAGGAAUGCUUACCUGUAUACAAUGUUUAAUUUCCAAGUUGGCAACCUUUCUGCAAAAAUGGUAGUGCAUGGCAAAUAUCAAUUAACUUAACAGUUAGUUGACUCCAGAAAGUGGCUUAGCUCUACAUCUGAUGACAUUUGGCUUGCCUUAAUUGGUUCUUCUCCACUCUAUCUGAUUUUGUGGAAUAUUUAACUCUAUUAGCAUGGACAAUUCUAAAGAUUUAUAUUAGCCUCAACACAAAAUUAUUAAAUGGUCUACUUACACAACACCAACAAUAGUUCACUUGAAAUUCUUUUAAUUCUUUCCAUUCCACCCAAAUCCUGUCCAUAGUCUCAAUCCAAGCAACUCUGCUCAGAACCUCUCCUAGGGAUUUCCUUCUCAUGUAUUUGUCUUUCAACAAUUUGGUUUUGUCAGGGGCCACUCAACAUAAAACCUUUAAGUUAUUAGGUGAGAAUUCAAAAAUAAAUUUUAGUCAUUAACAUGCUGCCCUCUUGCACAUGCCCCAUUGGGUUAAAAACUCAUAUGUUGUUCUGAAAUUUAAUAUUUGGUUGCAUAUAGAUAGUUGAGGUUCUAACUUUUGAUCACUUUGGUGAGAAAGACUAAUACCAUGAGAAGAAUCAAAGGACUUAAAAGCCUAAGCUGUUACUGUUAGGUGAGUUGAAAAUAAUUUUAUUCACCAAAAGUUUUGAGUUGGCAAAUGUGUCCUACCUUAUCAUGUCAUCCAGAAUUUCACACAUCAAUUUCAGAUUGUAUAUUAUUCACACAGGCAGUGUUAACUAUGUUCUUGCAUUGCGGGGCCAAUCCCUAAAAAUUUUAGUUUGUGGAUCUCUUGAUUUAAUUUUGCCUACUGGACCAAGUAGAUCAAUGUCCUUGGAUAAAUUUCGAAGUGCUUGAUGGUUUGAUGGAUGCUUUUGACUAUCUUCAAUUGCCAUAUAUUUUCAAUCUGCUUUUUAUAUCAAAAUCAAACGGAAUUGUCUUGUUUAUAGUGAUAAUAACUCUGGUUUGCACUGGAAACUUAGCGCAUCAAAUAUCCCAAAAACAUUUCAUUCACAUGCUCGAGGCAUAGGGGAUUUGGAAGAGUGGUCAGACGUUCCUUUCCUUGUUAAAGGGAGCUAAUAAAUGGAUGAAAAUGAACAUAACACUAACCAGAUUGUGCUGAUAUGAGAUUACUUCAAACAUUUGUUGCUAAAUAUGAGAUUACUAAAAUUGAAAUUAGCAAGAUACCAUAGAAGUCAUAAAAGAAUUAUUGAUAUGAAAACGGAUAGUGAGAUCUCUCACGUGCAUAUCGUCGUGAUAGCCAUAUGCUUCGGGUUUAGCAGCGGGCACAAUUAUGGCAUUGUUGCUCGCUGGCGUGGCUCAUUGCUUUGGCAUUAUCGAAUAGCUUCUUGGCAAAGUCGUCGAAGCACUCAGAGAUAGUUCGAAAAGGAGUGUCUGGAUAGAGAGCGGACUUCAACAUCAGUAGGCUUGUCCAAGCUCAAGGUUUAUUUGGCAGCCUUUUUUGAAAAAUAUCACGAGUUAGCGCAGCAACCACGCUCUGUGGAAUCCGCAUUUCUGCACUGUUAGGCCAGAAAAUUAAUGCUUAAUGGGGCCAUCCUUGAAGAAAUCGGGUUACGUGUACCAAAACUAAUAAGAAAUGUGAAAUUAAGAUAAAACCUUCGG